CAAAGGAAUUAAGCUGCAUAAAGUUUGCUGAAAAGAAAGAGUGAGAGACAGACAGACAUGGCUACUUUAAGCUGAGACAGACGAGACCAAGAUAAGUAGAAAGCAGCAAACCAGAGAAGAAAAGAGACAAGGCUCAAUAGCACCAAGUAUUCGUGGGUAUUAUCAAACAAAGUUAUUAACACAUAUUGCACCCAUCUUUGGGAUUGUUAAAGUCUCAAAUUAAAGAAAAACAUUAUGGAGCCUUCUAAUAAUCUCCAUCCCCAGCACAAGCUCCAAGAACAGUAUGGAGCAUCUUAUUCUUCUUUUUUAUUUCAACCAGAGCAUAAGGCUUCAAGUACCAAUGCCAUCUUUUUGGAGUCUUGGCAACCAAAUAGAGAUUCCAUGUAUCCUGCAGGCUUCAUGAGUUUCUACGAAGCUGCUGCACCCUACUGUUUCAGCCAACAAUCUGCCGAUGAGUUGCUACGUGCAGAGAUCAAACAAGACUUUCCGGAUUCCUUUCCCAAGCUGAGUGAAAUCAUGAACAGUCCUUGUAAUGGUCAUGUACAUGAAUCUCAUUCUGUGUCAGCAAAAUACAAGCAGCAGCAGUAUUCUCAUCAUCAUGAUCAUCUUGGUGAAAAUCACCGGCUCAGAAACUUCUUUUCUUCUCGUCAACCUAUCAAACAGCUACAUCUUUCAGCUGGAGUAGAUCAGUUACACUCUAAUAAUAAUAACGAUCCUCAGAACUUUUCAAGUACUUUGGAAAGAUCAUCAUCAUCUGCUUCUAGCGGAUAUAACUUCAGCCAUAUUCUACCAAGUAUAAAUAUCUCAAACUCGGAUUUGGACUUAAACUUGCAAGCCGUGGACCUUUUAACUCUUAAAUAUGAUGCUUCCGCUGCCAGUUCUAGCCAGCAGGCUUCACAAAAUGCUACUCUUGGUAAUUUCAUCGGGGAACUCUUUAAAGAAAGUCCUGCAAGUAGCUCAAACAAAGGCUCAGCCUUUGAAGAUGCAAUUCAGAGAAAAAAGAGACAAAAGAGUUGUGUCCAGUCUAAAAAGGAGCAACAGCCACCAGCACGAUACUCAUGCCCCCCAUUGAAGGUUAUAAGAAAGGAAAAACUAAGAGAAAGGAUUGCAACUCUUCAAAGGUUGGUGGCACCUUAUGGGAAGACAGAUACUGCAUCUGUAUUGACAGAAGCUAUUGGGUACAUCCAAUUUCUUCAUGACCAAGUGCAGACAUUGAGUGUGCCGUACAUGAGGUCAUCAUACAGCAACACAACUAGAUCAAUGCAACUGUUUGCAGAAUUCAAGCGAGGAAGAUGGGAAGGGACAGCCGAAGAGAGAUCUUUUAGAUAGAGGUUUAUGCCUUGUGCCCUUAUCUUGUGCCUCAUUCUUCAUUAGUUACGGUGGUGGAAUUUGAAUACAAGUUGAUGAACAACCAAAUUUGUAUAUAAAGAAAGGUACUGCUGAAAAUUAUGAAAGUUCAAGACUUCAUAAUUAAUAGCUAGGCUCAAGGUUGUAUGAGAAGGAAGGUUCAAGAUCUGUCAAACUUUAAUUUUC